AUGGCUUCGUCACUGUCGGAGGAAGAUUACAAUGCCGGCACUAGCGUACUGGCAACAGCAUGGGCUCUAACGGCGGCCGCGAUUAUAGUUAUGGCUCUCCGAGUGGUUGCCAAAAUUAAAAUCUCCAACUUCAAUGCCGACGAUGUGGUUAUGAUCGCUGCGUUGGGGUUCCUCAUUCCCGGCGCUGCAUGCGUUACAAUCUCUGUCCAGGCUGGUCUCGCUCGCAACGCCGUCAUCAGACAUGAUCAGGAGAUACUCAACAUCAAAUACUAUCUCGUGGCACAAUCUCUAUGCGUCAUAUCAUGUAUGAUUGGCCGUAUCGCAUUCAUAAUGUACCUUCGUCGUCUCGUUCCGCUGCAGUCGAAAGCGAGGAUUGUUCUAUUGAUACUGCUGGGACUACAACCGCUCGUGAACGUGGUCCCGGUUAUUCUGAUAUUUGCACAGUGCAAGGACAUCAGGGCGGUCUUUGAUCCUACUAUAACAGACGUAUAUUGUAUGCCUGUCAAAAUUCAGAUGGUCUAUGGUUACACACAAGGCGCUUUCAACACGACCACUGAUUUCUACCUUGCGGCCUUCCCAGUCUACAGCUUCUGGAGCUUGAAACUCAGACUGCGCAUCAAGAUCGUGCUGCUUUGUCUUCUCAGUAUGGGUCUUUUUGCCAUGGUCGCCUGUAUCAUCAAGACGGUCACACUCCAUUCAAUUGAUCAACCCGGAGACCCUACAAUCUCACAAGCCCAGCUGUUACAUUGGGCCUUUAUUGAGGCAGGUCUAGUGGUGAUCACUUCUUCUGUUCCGUGUCUGCGACCGCUCUUUAUCGCGAUGGCGAAGAAUUUCAGUAGUUCACCCAGGCCGACAUACGAGCUUACUCCUCAUGCGUUUGGGCAUUCUCACAACAACACUCGAUCUCACGUCACGUCACGAACCCACACAUAUAUCCGCGGAGAUGCGAAUGAUGGUUGGGGGGACGGAGACAGUGCGCGCCAGAUUUUGGAGGAAUCACGCAGUGGCAUCACUAAAGAGACAACUGUUACGGUGCAAAACGAGGAGAUGUCAGCAUAG